AUGUUGCCUCCAGGCUCAAGAAGGUCCAAGAUAAGACCACCAAGAAAGUCGCUCGUAGGAUCGGUGGGUGGCAAUGCUAAUGGCGAGUCUGGUUCCGAUGGAGCAGUUGAUUUUGAAAAAUCCUGGUCGGUACUUUCAAAUGCUAUAGUUCAAAUCCAAAGAAAGAACGUGUCUAGUCUUUCGUACGAGCAGUUGUAUCGAAAGGCGUAUUUGUUGGUUUUGAGGAAGUUUGGGGCUAAAUUGUAUGAUAGUGUUACUCAGCUCAUAGCACAACAUUUACUUGAGAGAAGAUCUAAGGUUCUUGAUAUCUUCACCGCCACUUCUUCGUCGUCGGUGGGGGACUCGAUCAAUGAGGACUUCAUGAAGGCGGUGCUACUGGAAUGGGAUGAACACUUACAAUCAAUGAAGUUUAUUAGUGAUGUUUUAAUGUACUUGAAUCGAGUUUAUGUUAAAGAAAAUAAAAAAUUAUUAAUUUAUGAUUUAGGUAUUCAAUUAUUCAAGAAUAAUUUUGUUAAAUUUAAUGAUAAUGAAAUCGGGAAAAAACUUAUUACCAUCGUGAUACUAGAAAUAACCAAAAGUCGAAAAGGUGAAGUGAUUACUUCUAAAAUGUAUAUUGAUAAAGUAAUUAAUAUGGUGGAAUUAUUGGUGGAAACUGAUAGUAAAAAUAACCUUCAGUACGGUGAAAAUUAUUAUCAAAGAUACUUUGAAGAUAAACUUCUUGAAAAUUCUAAAAAUUUCUUCUAUAAUUUAUCAGAAGAUUAUAUUAUGAAUUCCCUGGGGUCCAAAUACUUACAUGAUAUCUAUCAAUUCAUCAAAGAUGAGGAAAAUCGUAUUGCCUUUUACCUACCCGCCACUACUUAUCCUAAACUUAUUAAUCUAAUGAAUAACAUCUUGAUUAAAGAUAAAAUCGAUCGCGUUAUUAAUUUCCCUCUAGAACAGCAUGGUUUAUCAUAUUUACUAGAACCAAUUCUCGUUAACAUCUUCAAUCAAGAAUCAGAUAGAGUAGAACUCUUCACUCCUCAGGAACCAAAUAAUUUCAAAAGACACCAUAUAACAGAAUUAAAAAUAUUGUACGAAUUGAUUGGAAGAAUAGAUACUGAUCAUAACCUAUUGAAAAUCCGCUUGAAAGAAUUGGUGAUCAACCAAGGUUGUAGAUUACCAACUUUGGUCAUUGAAGCUCUUCAACAAACCCAAUCAGAAACUUCUAACGCUCCAAACAAAAAACCUCAACAAUUUGGAACUAAUUCAACUUCUUUUGCUAUAAAAUGGGUCGAUUCAGUGUUGGAAUUCCAAAAUCAAUAUUCUUUCAUAGUAAGAGAAUCCUUCGAUAGAGAUGUUUUCAUUGAACAAACAAUCUCAGUGGCAAUGAGAGAGUUCAUAAAUGGGUCUUCUUCUAGUGCAUUGAGAGCUUCAAGAAAGGCUUCCGAUGCAACCAGUAUCAAUGGUCCAGAAAUUCUUUCUGUUUAUAUGGAUUAUUUCAUUAAACAGUUAUCGAAAUCUUCAACUUCUGGUGCUAAAAGAGUUACUAAAGAUUCCUCAAGUAACGGAAUUUCAGUCGAUCAAACUGAUGACCUCAUAAAUAAAUCAAUUUUGUUUUUAAAAUUCAUUAAAGAUAAAGAUGCAUUCGAAGCUCACUAUGCAAAUCAUUUUGCUAAAAGAUUUUUACACUCAAAAGGGGUUCAACAACCAAAAUUAUCCACCAACACUAGAUUGGGUAACGAUUUAGAAGAAUUGAUUAUCUCUAAAUUGGGUGAAGAAAUGGGGAGUGCCUCGUUAGAAAAAGUUAUCAAGAUGAAUAAAGAUAUUAAACUGUCUCAUGACUUGACAGUUGAUUGGAAAAAAUAUGUUUCUUCCACUAACAAAAAAUCAGUUAUUGACUUGGAUUUGAAAAUAUGUAAUGUUUCCGAUUGGCCUAAAUCAAUGACUAAAGACUAUAAAAAUUUUUCAAGAACUAAUGAUGUCGAUGGCGAAGUUGGUUUUAUUUGGUCAUCUCAAUUACGUCAAACAAUUAAAGACUUUGAAGAGUUUUGGUUUACUAAUAAGAAAAACGAUAAUAAAUCUCUAUUUUGGUGUCCAAAAUUCGGUUCCAUGGAUUUGAGAAUAACUUAUCCAACCAAAACCUAUGACAUAAAUAUGUCUACUUAUGCUGGUAUAAUUAUGCUCUUAUUUGCCCCUCAAUCAACAGAUGCAAAUGGCGAUCCUGUUCUGGCUUUUGAAGAGGCCAGAUCGCUCAAUUAUCAAGAAAUCAAAGAACUCACUAAAAUCCCCGAAAUGGACUUGAAAAGGCAAUUGCAAUCAAUAGCUGUUGCUCCUAGACUGAGACUAUUAACUAAAACUCCACUCACAAAAGAAAUAAAUGACGAUGAUGUCUUUAGAUUAAAUGACAAGUUCAAGUCACCUUCUCCUAAAGUAAAAGUCUUGACUGUUUCGGCUUCUUCAAGCUCUUCGAAAAAUUCUUCGAAAAAUCCUAAAAAGACCGAAAACGAAGAAGAAUCAGAAGAAGUCCAAGCAAACAUUACAGAAGGAAGAAAAAUCGUGGUCAAUGCAGCUAUUGUCCGUAUUAUGAAAUCCCGUCAAACCAUUACCCAUAACGACUUGGUUGCUGAACUAGUCAAACAACUUCAUAACCGAUUUCAACCUCUGACUAUUCUAAUCAAGCAAAGAAUCGAAGAUUUGAUCGAAAAAGAGUAUCUCAAAAGAGAUGAUGAUCUCAGAAAUACCUACCACUACGUUGCUUGAAGUCAUAACUAGAAUUUUGCAUCUCUUUUAUAUACUUUUUAUGAUAAACGACUAUAACAUG